ACCCCACUAUAUAAACAAACUAUUUAAAAUAAUAAUAUCAAAGAAUUUAGAUAAAAUUUUCAAAAAAUACACAAUCCAAUUUGGUCCCCCUCUUUCUCUUCGCCGUCGCCGGGAUUCAAGAUGAUUGGAUCUUUUCUCACCAGAGGGCUUGUGAUGGUUUUUGGUUAUGCUUAUCCUGCUUACGAGUGCUUUAAGACUAUAGAAAUGAAUAAACCUGAUAUUCAGGAACUUCGCUUUUGGUGCCAGUAUUGGAUCUUAAUUGCUCUAUUGACAGUUUGUGAAAGGUUCGGUGAUGCUUUUGUUUCAUGGGUUCCAAUGUACAGUGAAGCUAAGUUGGCAUUCAUCAUAUAUUUGUGGUGCCCCAAAACUAAGGGAACAACAUAUGUCUACGAUUCCUUCUUUAAACCUGUAGUGUUAAAGCAUGAAAAUGAGAUUGAUCGUAAUUUGUUGGAGUUGAGGACAAGAGCUGGAGAUAUGGCCUUUCUAUACUGGCAGAACUCUGCUAGCUAUGUGCAGACGAGGUUUUUUGAUAUAUUGCAGUAUAUCGCUUCUCAGUCAACUCCUCGUCCAACUCAGCCACAGAAGCAAAGCAGUAGAGGUCGCCAACGUACUGUAACACCCCCAAAAGAAAGAUCAGCUGCCCCAGCAACAAAGGUGCAGACGGAAAAACAAGCCUCUGCUGCUUCUACUGAAUCUUCAAGUGAAAAUGAAGCAGACACAAAAGAAAAGGUGAAGCCCUCACAACCGCCUCCAGUGGCUGCCCCUGCUUCUGCUUCCUCCUUAAUUGAACAAAAAACAACUCCAACUGAAGCCCUCACCCAAACCACCAAAGCUUCGAGUUCUAGUGAAAUUGAAGUGAUGCAGAUUGAUCAAGUACCUUCCUUGGAUGAUCAAAUUGCAAAACCUCCUGUCGACACAGUCAUGGAGGAAGCAGUUCGAGUAACACGUGCCAGAUCAAGGAGGACAAGGCCUGCACCCAAUCCUUGACUUAGCUUGUGGCAUCCGGUCCUUACACAUGUUAGUUUGAAGGAUCUGUUUAGAUGGUGUGGCUAAAAGGAUAUAUUCUAAGAUGUUGAGUACAUUGUACAUGUCAUAUCUUCUUUCAUUACUGAGGCUGUCUAUGAUUUUUGAGCAUGGAUUGAGAAAUGAGGGGGAGGUUAAUUCAUAGUUCAUCUUGUGGGGGAACUUACCAGCUAGCAGCUGUUCGCCUGUUCCUGCUCUGACGAUGAUCAUGAGCCAACAAAACUUUUAGCUAGCUCCUUAGAUUUUUUCUGUAAAAGCAGAAGCCAGAUACAUAUCGCGCUGUACUUGAAGUAAAACUCAGUUCCGAAUUCUUCAUGCUCUACUAUUUUGUCACCA